UACACGUUUCAUUCUGAGGAAGCUCGCGCUUUGAACUGCAGCUCUUCAUAUCAGGCAGCUGGUAAAACAAGGUCACAUAAGAUUAUUUUAUUAUUCUCUAAAACAUAAAAUAACGCAUUGUCUGAAAUUUAAAUGGAGCGGUCUAAUCAGAAUGAAAAGCUAGCCACUAAUACGCAGAACAACUCUGUAAACGGUCAUUUUGAAAGUAUGAAAAAAGUGAGCUGGACUAGUGGUACUCCGGGAGGGACUGUCUCACGGGCAUCCCCACUCAUGGAAAGCUGGAAGGAGGAACGCACGCGAAGUGUUGAAGACAACGAAAUGAGCUUGCCGAGCAUUGCUGCUGCAUAUAGUACUAUCCUCAGCGGUCUUGGCGAGGAUCCCCAAAGGCAAGGACUUCUUAAAACGCCUUGGCGAGCGGCGACAGCAAUGCAGUACUUCACCAAAGGAUAUCAAGAGAAAAUCAUCGACAUACUGAACGAUGCCAUUUUUGAUGAGGAUCACGAUGAGAUGGUGAUUGUAAAGGACAUUGAUAUGUUCUCCAUGUGUGAGCACCACUUGGUCCCAAUAUUUGGCAGGGUCCACAUUGGUUACCUCCCCAACAAGAGGGUGCUGGGGCUCAGUAAACUGGCCAGGAUUGUUGAAAUUUACAGCAGACGUUUGCAAGUUCAGGAAAGAUUAACAAAACAAAUUGCUGUUGCCAUCACUGAAGCCUUGCAGCCUGCCGGUGUUGGGGUUGUUAUAGAAGCCACUCACAUGUGCAUGGUCAUGAGAGGUGUACAGAAGAUGAACAGCAAGACUGUGACUAGCACAAUGCUGGGUGUCUUCCGUGAGGACCCCAAAACAAGAGAUGAAUUUCUCUCCCUUAUUAGAAGCUGAAUAGACCUUCUGCAACAACCUACCGUCCCUAGAUCCUUAUGCACAUUUUAUGUUGAUUUCUACCUAAACCCAGAGAGAUUUCACUUAUGUGGUGAAUUUUAAUACAUAAACAGGCUAUCCAGUUUUCUGUGCAUUUGUGUCAAAACGUGGAAUAAAAUGAUUUCAACCAAGGACUGGUCAUCCGUAAAGUACUAGCUAUAGAAUACAUAUACUUUGUUAUUAUAAUUAAACCAUAAUCAUAUUAAAUUCAUUGUAUUAUUCACUUUAUUACCCAAUAUAUCCAAAGAAAAUAAUUGUAUGCACUUUGAGGUACAGUAAAAGACUGAUAUCAAAAAGUUUCUCCUCUAAAAUCACUGGGAGACAGUUGUCUGUCCUUGAUAUCCUACAGAAGAAAAUGCAAGUUGUAAGUAUUUAUGUAACUUAAAUGACAAUUUCUCAUGUGUGUAUUUUAGAUUUGCCUUCUUGCCAGUUUACUUGAAAUUGCAUUCAUAUAUUGAGAUGUUUUCUAUGUUAGUUUUUUGUUUGUUUUAAAUAUUAUACUAGGACAACCAUUUGUUUUCCAUUUACCAAUUCUAUGGUGGCAUUGUGGCCUCACUUUGUACCCUCAGCUCUGUCUGGGUUGUGCUCUUCCUCUGUUUGUGCGUGUUUGCUCCUGUAGGCCAAAAACACAUCUAGGGAAAGUGCCAUUUCUGAAUUGUCCAAAGUGUGUAAGAAUAGUCAUGUGAUGCACUGGCAUCUCAUCCAGAGUGUCCUGUGUUUCAUGGAAUCAUUGUGACCCUGUACUAAUUAAAGAUGAAUUAUGUAA